GCAAGAACAGCAGCAACAACAAAACUCUCAACAAUUAAGCGUGUAACUUUCCCAGCGAAGAAGCUUCGAGAAGGAGUAGUCAAAAGAACGAAAAAGAAAUCCCCGGGACUAGAGCGGCUGCAGACCAGCCCCUAGCCAGCAUGAGUCAAAUGCCUAGGAAUUCCUUAAAAAUUAUCCUGAGGCAGCUGAAAUGCCACUUUACAUGGAACUUGCUGAAGGAAGACAUUGAUCUACUUAAUCUGGAAGACACAAUAAUUGACCAGAUUGAAUUCCUAGAUAUGAAAUCCAAAGUCACCCUUUAUAACCUAUUGGCCUAUGUAAAACAUCUGAAAGGUCAAAAUGAGGAGGCACUGAGAUGCUUAAAACAUGCAGAAGAGAGAAUCCAGGUGGAGCAUGCUGACCAAGUGGAAAUAAGAAGCCUCGUUACCUGGGGGAAUUUUGCCUGGGUGUAUUAUUAUAUGGAAAGAUUUUCCAAAGCUCAGUAUUAUGCAGACAAGGUUCAAAAAGGCUACCGGAAGCUUCCCAAUGCCUCCCGCUAUAAGAUAGAAUGCCCCGAGGUUUACUGUGAGGAAGGGUGGGCUCUGCUAAAGUGUGGAAGGAAGUAUUAUGAGAGGGCCAAGGCAUGUUUUGAGAAGGCCCUGAAAAUAGAACCCGACAACCCUGAGUUCAACUCUGGCUUUGCCAUCGCAGCCUAUCGUCUGGACGAUAAGGAAUAUUCUUGCCAAAGGGUAUCCUCCCUGGACCCUCUCCGGAGAGCGGUGGAGCUGAAUCCGGACAACACAUUUGUCAUGGCCCUACUUGCCCUGAAGCUUCAAGACCUAAAGCAGGAAGCUGAGGGAGAACGGUACAUUCGGGAGGCCUUGGAGAAGAUGUCCUCCCAGCCUUAUGUCCUUCGCUAUGCAGCGAAGUUUUACCGGAGACAAAACUCCCCCAGUAAAGCUCUUCAGCUCCUAAAAAUCGCCUUGCAGGCAACACCCACUUCCGCUUUCUUGCAUCAUCAGAUAGGGGUUUGCUACAAAGUUCUGAUGAUCCUCGUGAAACAGUCGACCAAAAAACGACCCAGGGAAAAAGAGAAAGAGAAACGGGAGCUGAUUCAGUCUGCCAUAUUUCAUUUUCGAGCAGCCAUGGAGCAGAACUCCAUGUUUGUGUUUGCCUACACAGACCUAGCCAACAUGUACGCAGAGGCGGGUCAGUACGAAAAGGCAGAAGAUGUAUUUCAGAAAGCCCUUCACCUGCAGCACGUGACGGACGAGAACAAGCAACAGGUCCAUUUCCAUUACGGCCGCUUUCAGGAGACCCACAGGAAAUCUGAGGAUGCAGCUAUGUACCAUUAUUUAGAAGGCGUAAAGAUCAAAGUGGAGUCUUCUAUUACCUCCAAACUGAUUGGCGCUCUGCAGAGAUUGGCCACGCGGAGACUCUAUGAGAAUGCCGUUGAUGUCAAGAGCUGGGGGGCCCUGGGUUUCAUUCACAAGCUGAAGGGACAAAAGAGACAAGCCAUCGAGUGCUAUGAGAGAGCCCUGAAGCUGGACCCCGAGAACGGGGACUACAUCAGUGCCCUGUUUGAGCUGCGGCUGUCCUUUUGAGUCUCCUGGUUUGUAGUAUGAGGUCUAGGAGCUGCAUUCCCAAAGUGAGAUGAGAAAAAAUAGACAAACCAAGGAUGAGCUAGGAUAAGAGCUCAAUCCCGAGCUUUGGUGACUAUACCAGUCCCCUGUUUGAGCUGUGGCUCUCCUAAAUCCUUCAGUUUUUGUAGCAUGAAACCUAAAAGAUGUUUUUUAGGUUUGCAAUAGAAUGUGAUAAUUCGUCACUAUUCUGUAUUAUGAUCACAUAUGUUUAUGCGGUAUAAACAUAUAAAAGGUCUAACUUGCAUGUAGUUUAGACAGUAGUUUAACAAUGUCUAUAUUACUUCUUUUGACAUACCUUUGGGAAAAUUAAUCAUUGUAAUUCUAUAGGUUUGAAUAGAAUAGACUAUGUGGGCUAGAAGGGACCUUAGGGGGUUACCUAGUACAAUGUGCUUUUUUUCACAGGGGAAGAAACUGGGGCUCAGAGAAAUCAAGAGAUUUGCUGAGCAAAUUAGGGGCAGAGCCAGGAUGAAGCACCCAGGACUAGAACCUAUUAACACCCAGACCAGUCCUCUUCCCCUGUGCCGGACUGCCUCUCUCUUCUUUACAGAUAGAAUACUUUUGUUCAAAAUGACACCAUCCAUGGGAUGAAAUAUGCUGCUUGAGUCUGGUCUGUGCCUUGGAUAUUUUUUGAAUAAAUAAAAGUGCCUUCUGGACCCAAA